CGGCGGGGGAGGGCGCCUUUCGCAUGGAGCCGUUCGCUGUGUGAGGGCAGCGCGUUGCCGGGCCCUGUGAUGCAGCACUCGUGCGCGGGCAGGCCCCCCUGCUAGGCGCUGCCUGCGCGCUACACACGGGGCGGCGGAGGCGCGGGGCUUGGCCCCGCUCCAUGGAGACCAAUGGCAUCGCUCCCACCCACCCCCACGGGCCCCGAGCCCGCCGGCACGCACAGCCACACGCCUCAGCCCACCAUGGCCCCAACGCCGCCGCCGCUCGGGCACUCGGCGAGUGGAAAGGUAGAAGGCCAGCCCAAUGGUGACACGAUCCCAGCUGAGCAAGCCAACCCUUCAGAUGACACUGUUGCUGGUGCUGGGAGUCGUCAGAAUGAUCAGAUAGUGCAGAAAAUAGAGGAAGUGCUCUCUGGAGCCCUUGAUACAGAACUGCAGAGCAAAUCAGAUGUAGACAAAACUACUGUGAGCAAUAGCACUCAGUCUACUAAAAGGAGCUGUACUGCUGAAGGUGAAGAUGAAAUUCCCAGAAAAAAAUCAAAGAAAAACAAAAAGCACAAAAGCAAGAAGAAGAAGAAAAAGAAGAAGAAAAGGAAGAAAGAGAAAAAGCAUAAAAAGCAACCAAAGGAGGCAAAGUUGAGUGCACGUCCUGGAGAACAUGCAGACUUGCAGCCUGCUUCUCACUUGAUUCCAGAGAAAUCAAGCGCCGCACUGACUGUGCAGCAUGGGGGGUUUGGAGAUGCAAAUCUGGCUGUCCAUACACAGCCAGAAGAACUGUCCUUACAGGCAAAUGUGGAGCCUGAUAGACAAGCUUUAGGACUUGCUUCUCAGUUGAGAACUGAUUCUCAGCCAUGUAUGGAAAAUCUUGAAACUGAGAAGGGGACAUUAUGCGCAACAGAUCCUCAGUUUAAUUUAGAAGGCAGCCAGUUUACUGUUCAACAAAAUGCUAGUAUGACUCAAACUCAAAUUUGCACUAGAGAAGAACAAAUUAAACCGGCUCAUGAAAAUAUUUAUCCUGUAGCUGUCAAUGUGAGCGAAAAGGGUGAUUUUUUUGUUACUGGAAGUGUUGCUUCAACUAGCAUCCCAUCUGGAGUUGCCAAUAAAUCUGAACUUCAGAAAUUAAUUUUACCUUCAGAAGUAAAAACCUUGGAUACAAGUUUGUCAUCUAGUACCGUGGAGGUAUCGACACAUUCAGAUACAUCUCUGAAGUCUGUGGCAGUGGGAAGCUCAAAAGACUUAGAAACAACUUCAGGAUAUAUGUGCUUGGCAAGCAGUGUGAUGGCAAUUCCUAAACCUGCAAAUCAGGCAGAUCUGAAUACUGUGAAGGUAAAUGACAUGUCUAUGGCCGUGGGAGAAGUGAGAAUUCCAGGAGCAGCUGAAUUACCAGUUUUAUCUUGUAAUUUAAGAGCGACACAGUGCAGCUCCAUGGAGGGUUCAGGUGUCUUGAAGGCAGCCUCAGAAUCUGUAGUUAUGAUGGGAGAUUUGAAAAACAAAGAAGUGGACCCAGAUACUGCUUUGCAACAUUCUUUUAAAGUACCUGCAGAAACUGCUGUGACCCAGGCGCAUAUUGUAAGUGCCAAAACACCCCUGGCACCAGGGACUGUUGAAGUGAAGGAUAUUGAACCAGAAGCGUUACUGCAAUGUACAUUCUUAAAAGAAAAGCAAAGCUUGACAGACAUGAGUGUUGUUGCAGAAGCAAAAGGUUUACAAACAACAUCAGAACAUGUUGUCCAGACUCUUGUUGCCCAAACAGUUCCAGCUGCUCUGCAAUUGGAAAACAGUAAUAUUUUGAGAGGUUUGGAAGCAACUCCUCAGUCUUUGCAGAAAGAAGACAUGGAAAGAGCGACUAAACUGUCUUUGCAAAUGGAAAGCAUGAAAGCUUCAGAAAAACUUUCUAGUGGCAGUAUGGAACCAGUUGUGGUGCCUGAGGCACUGGCAGAGAUGAUGCAUUUGAAAACAACAGCAGAAAGAGAAACAGCGCACAUGGAAACAGCUGCAGUACCUUUUUUUGCAAAUGAAACAGAGAGUUGUGUAGUCUCUCAGCCUGAGAUCAUGGCAGGUAUGAGAGGGUUGAAGACAACCCCACAAGAGAGAAAGGAUUCUGAAGUAGCUAGAAGUUCCACCAUUGCAGGAGUGAAAGGUUUGGAGAACUUGUCAGAAGUUAAGGCAGUUGCAGAAGCAAGUGGUGCCAAAACAAGUUCAGAAUCUUCACACCUAACAGAGAUGAAAAAUUUGGAAAUGACUGUGGGGUCUGAAACAAGGACAGAAAUGCAAGACUGGGGGACAACACUGAUAUCUGAGGUGGGAGAUCUGAACAAAGCAAAAGUAAGGAACAGAGAAACAGUAGAACCUGUGCAAACAGUGACAGUGAAAACUUCAGACACAAAUUCAAAACCUGUAUGCUUGGAGGAGUUAGGAACAACAGCAGAGUAUGGGACUGGAAGUAAGACAAACAAAAUUGAAACAGUAGAGUUUUCUAAAACUACUCCAGGACUUUUGCGGGAACAAGUAGUAGGAAAUUCAGAAGCAAUGUUAGAAUCUUUCCCAAGAGCAGAAGAAACAGCGAUGGAAAUGAGAAACUUGAAAGAAACUUUGCAAUCUGGUAUAUUUUCAACAGAGAGGACAGACAGAGAAAAAACAGAGUUUUCAUCUGUGAUUGAUGUAAAAGGUUUGAAAGAAGCUUCAGUAAUUGAGAAAGGGAUGAAAGCAUCAGAAGCUGGAGAAGUGAGGUUGGAAAGUAUGGAAGAGUCUGCAGCAGCAGGAAUGAAAGGUUCUGAAACAGUCAGAGAACCUGAAGUAUGCACGGACAUCCAAGAUGUAGAAACUUCUCCAAAACAUGGAAAGAUGGCAGAGACUGAUGUUUUAGAGGAUGCUACAGAAGCAUUCACUGUAACAGAACAACAUACAGAAUCUCUUCCACAAUAUUUGCACACUGAAAUGCAAGAGCAUGCGCAAACUGUUUUAGAAGCCAAACCUACUGCAGAAUGGAAACAUAAAGAGGCUGCAGAAAUCUGGGUUGCUGCUGAAAUGAAAUCUUCUGAAGCAGUUCCAAAAGUGGAGGAUACAAGAGAUUUGGAGACAGUGCUGGGAAGUGAAGUUGUUGCAAAAGUACAGUAUUCAGAAGGGGAGCAGCAUCAACAAAUGGAAGAUACGAGCAUUCCCAGCCUGUCUCUGGAAUCUGAGAUGAUUGCUGAAAAGAAAGAUUUGGAGAAAGCACUACCAUCAGAGCCUUUCAUAGCACUAAGUGAUAGGGAGGUUGCAACGGAAUCUGGGGUACCUUCAGAAACAAUUUUUAGUUCUUCGCAUGCUGCAAAUGUGAAAGAUUCAACAGGGAUCCCUGAAUCUGAAAUAACCAGGGAUGUAGAACACUUAGAAGCUCCUCCAAGCUGCGUAGCAGAAACAAAAGGUUUGGAAGCAACUCAUAUUUCUGAGACUAUUGUAGAGCUGAAAGAUGCAGACGCAGUUGAAGUGGAGGCAGACACAAAAGAUUUGGAAGCAGCUCCAGUAUCUGAGGCUGUUACAGAAGGAGUUCCGGUACUUGUGGAAGAUGCAAACCAGUUGGAAGGCAUUCCACAAGCGGAGGCUGACAAAGAAGUGACUGCAGAAGAGGCAUCUGAGGCAAGAGAUUCAGAAACAUCUGAUGUGCAACCUGAUGUGGCAGCACGAAUGAGGGAGACUUUAAUGAGACUUGAGAAAGUUGAAAAAAGCAGCCAUAGAAGCAGUGAAAAGAGUAAACAUGAUGCAAAGAAACAAAAACGGAGUCGGUCUAAGUCCCAGUCAAGGUCUAGGAAGCGGAAAAAAAAAUCAAGGUCCCGUUCUACUUCAAGGCGUUUGACCUCUAAGAGAGCACGAUCUAGGAGCAGAAAUUAUUCAGAUUCCAGAAAAAAGCAUUCCAGAUCUAGAUCCCAGUCUGUGGAGAAGAGGGAGAGAAGAGUGUCUUCCCGAAGGUCCAGACGCAGACGUUCCAGGUCAUCUGACCGCUACCGGUCUAAGUCCAGGUCAGUGGAAAAGACAAGAAGGUCUGGACGUGGCCGUUCCAGGUCAUCUGACCGCUACAGAUCUAAAUCCAGAUCUGUGGAUAAGAGAGAAAGCAGGUUAUCUUCCCGAAGGUCCAGGCGCAGACGUUCCAGGUCUUCUGAUCGCUACAGAUCUAAGUCCAGAUCAGCAGAGAAGAGAGAGAGCAGGCUGUCCUCCCGAAGGUCCAGGCGUGGACGUUCCAGGUCUUCUGAUCGCUACAGAUCUAAGUCCAGGUCAGUGGAAAAGACCCGAAGGUCCGGACGCAGACGUUCCAGGUCAUCUGAUCGCUACAGGUCUAAGUCCAGGUCAGUGGAAAAGACCCGAAGGUCUGGACGCAGACGUUCCAGGUCAUCUGAUCGCUACAGGUCUAAGUCCAGGUCAGUGGAAAAGACCCGAAGAUCUGGACGCAGACGAUCCAGGUCUUCUGACCGUUACAGGUCUAAAUCGCCAUCAGUGGAAAAGAGAGGAAGCAGAUUGUCCUCCUGGAGAUCCCGACGCAGACGUUCCAGGUCAUCUGACCGUUCUAAGUCUAGAUCCAGGUCAUCAGAAAAGAGGGGAGGUAAAGAAUAUUCAUGGAGAUUUAGAAAUAGAGGGUCUGGUUCCUCUGAUCGUUCAAAAUCUAGGUCUAGAUCUGUAGAGAAGAGGGGUCGGAAGGCAUCUUUGCGGAGAUCUAAACGUCGGCGCUCCAAGUCCUCUGAUCGUUACAAGUCUAGGUCCAGAUCAGUAGAAAAAAGAGAUCGAAAGCAGUCAUCACGGAAAUCAAAACGUCAGCGCUCAAAGUCAUCUGACCGUUAUAAAUCUAGAUCCAAGUCAGCAGAAAAAAAGAAAGAGUCAUCGCGAAAAUCUAAGCGUCGUCGCUCAAAGUCUUCUGAGCGUUACAAAUCUAGGUCUAGGUCUGUAGAAAAAAAACGCAAAGAAUCUUCAAAGAAAUCAAAACGGAAGCGUUCAAAAUCCUCUGACAGUCUUAAAUCAAGGUCAAAAUCUGUAGAAAAAAGAACAAGUAAGUUAGCCUCAGCAAAGUGCAGUAGAAAACAGACAGACUCUUCUGAACAGGAAAAAGUAGAUGGUUCUGAACCUGUCACAAGUGAAAUCAGCUCCUCCAAAUCCUCUAAUGGUCCCAUGUCAGUACCUUUGUCUCUUGAAGGAAUAAAUGGCCCAGAGCUGCCACCACCAUCUGGAAGUGGAUUUUCCAAAACUGCUGAGAGUCUUGAGACAAGCUCAUCUAUUGAAAAAAUGGAUAGUCCACAGCCUUCAGCAACACCUGAACUUGAUAGCUCCAAAACCUCAAAUGAUCAAGAACAGUGUUCUGUGUCUGUGGAAAAAGCACAGGUGUCUGUGACCUCUGAAAAUGGGUCAGCCACUCUCUAUGGCUCUGACUUAGGAUCCAUGCCAGUGGAUAAAAACGUACCUCUGGAAUCUUCAUCUCUUAAUGAACUUACAUUCUCAGCAUCCUGUUCAGUAUCUUCGUCUGUUGAAAAGAGAGAUCCAGAGAUUACUUCAGUGACAGAAUCUAAUCUCUCCAUAUCCUAUCAAGAUGAGUCAAGAUCUAUGUCUCUGAAAGAAAUAGAGGGUCCACAGCCUCUUUUGACAAAUGAGAGUGGAUGCUCCAUAUCUGCUGAUGAUUACAAGUCAGCCUCCAUGUCCUUGGGAAACACAGAGAUUCAAGAAUUUUCAGUGAUACCUGGAAGUGUACUUUCUGAUGGUCAUGAAUUGAGGCACAUUCCCGCUGAAAAUGCAGAGCCCCAGGAGUUUUUGCAAGUGCCUCAAAGUGGAUCUUCUGAACUGGCUGACAGCACUGAGUCAAGAUCACUGUCUUGUGAAACAGCAGAAGUUCAAAAACCUUUUUUAGCACCUGAAGUAACAAGAUCUGAGUUCCUUGAUGCCCAUGAGUCAAUCUCCUUACAAGUUGCACAGGGCCAGAUGGAGGUGCCUUCUCUGGUUUCUGAUAGUGUAUGCUUAAGGACUCCUGACAGGCCUGAAUUGGGAUCCAGCUUUGUUACACAAAUAAAGGAGCUUCCAUUGAUGUCUGAAGGUACGUCCUUAGAGUCACCUGUUGAAAAAGUAAAGGCUCCUAGUGCUUCUCUGACAUCAGUGUGUGGUCCUGUUGAGAUCACAGUUGACCACAUUUCAAUUUCAUCUUCUGCAAAAAUGCAGGAAGUUUUUCUAACUACUGGAGGCCAAAACUGCCAGUCUUCUGAAGCUCAUGAGUCCGGUUCAACUGUCGACAGAGAUUUAGAUGGUUCAGCGUCUUCACAAGUACUUGGAGUUGGCUGCUUUGAGACUUCUGAAAUGCAUGAAUCAAGACAUCUGCCUGCUGGAAAAAUAGAGGCUACAGAAUCAGCUUUGUCUAAAAGUGGAAUUUCUUUGUCCCAUCAUGACCGUGAGUCAGAAUACAGUUACUUUGAGAAAACGAAAGGUGUGGAUACUGUGGAAUCAGUAAGCACAUAUGCUGAAAAGUUAGAGACCACAGUGCCUUGUCAAACAUCUGAAGGCGGGCUUUUCGUGUUACCUGAUAGUCAUGAAGUGAGAGCUACUCAAACUGAAAAUGUAGAAGUGCAGGUGUCAUCCUUGCCCUCUGAGCAGAAAUGCAUUGCAUCCCCUGAUGAACAUCAAUUGAGAUCUCCCUUUGGUAAAGAAAUACAGGUGCAGGAGGAGCAGCCUCUGAUAGACAAUAGACAUUCUAUUUCUUCCGGUGAUCAUGAGUUGACGUUCACUCCUUUCAAGAAAGCUGAUGUAGAGGAUCCUUCACAGAUGCCUGGAAAUGAAUACACAGUGGGCCUUCCUCAUCCAGAGUUGAUGUCAACCCCUGCUGAAAAAACAGAGGUACAGGAACUCUAUCUGAUUCCUGAAGAAAGAUGUUCAGUGUCUCUUGAGAGCCAGGAAUUGCUGUCAUCUGCAAAUACUGAAGUGCAAGAGCCUGCUCUAAUGUCUGUAAAUGAAUAUACUGUAUCCUGGAAGUGCCAGGAGUUGAGAGCUAGCUCUCCUGAGAAGGUAGGGAUGCAGGAACCUUCUGUAGUACCUGACAGCAAAUGUGCUGUGUACUCUGGAGACCAGGAAUCACAGACUUUGCCUGCUGAAAAAACAGAGGUACAGAUGCAUUCUUUGAUGUCUGAAAAUGAAUAUGCUGCAUCUCUUGAGGGCCAGAAUAUGACAGCUGUUUCUGCUGAAAUUGUGCAGGAGCCUCCUGCAAUAUCAUGCAGAGGAUACGUUGUGGUCCCCAGAGGGCAGGAGUUGUCAUCUCCUCUUGCUGAAAAAACAGAAGUGCAGGAGUGUUCUGUGUUCUCUGAAAAUGAAUAUGACAUAUCUCCUGAAUGUCAUGAUUUGAGAUCCAGUCCUGUUGAAAAAGAGGAAACAAGGGAACCUCCUGAAACAUCUGAAAGUGAAAGUUCAACGUCCACUGAUGACCAGGAGGUGCAUUCUACUGCUGCUGGAAAAACAGCGGUACAAGAGUUGUCUCUGAUGUCUGAGGGUGAAUGUGCCACGUCCCCUGAAGUUCAGGAGCUGCAUUCUAGCCCUGCUGAAAAAGUAGAGAGUGAGGAACCUUCUCUAACAUAUGAGAAUGAACAUGCAGUGGCCUUUGAAGGAUAUGAAUCAAGAUCGACUCAUGGCGAUAAAACAGAAGUUAUAGAUUCUUCUUUGACUUCUGAACAUGACCAUUACUUGUCUUUCAAGAGCCAGGAGGUAAGAUUCACCACUAUUCAAAAAGUAGAUGUUCAGGAGCUUUCCCCGACAUCUGAAACUGAACAUACAGCAUCCCCUGAUAGUCAGGAGUUAAGAUUCCUCACUUCUGGACAAACAGGUGAUUCUGAACCUUUAACAUUAAAUGAUAGAGGCUCCGUGUCCCCAGAUGGCAAUGACUUGAAAUCCAUCCCUUUUGAAAAAGUGGAUGAUGCAGCAUCUUUAAUGCCUGAAAGUGGAUGCUCCAUGUCCCCUGGUGGCAACAGUGUGAAAUCUGUUCCAGGUGAAGAAAAUGGUGAUCUAGAGCCUUCUUUGACAUAUGAAUGUAGGCAUUCCAUGUCCCCAUAUCAUGAGAGCUGUGAGGUGAAAUCUCCCAUGGAGGAGGAUGGUUUAGAGUCCUCUGCUAAUUUUGAACGUGGACGAUCUGUUACCCCUGAGGGACAUAAUGAGAAAUCUGUCAUAGAUGAAGAACUAGAUGAGCGGGAGCCCUCUUUGACAUCUGAACAUAGGCGUUCCACAUCUCCUGAUGAGCAUGAGUCAAGAUCUAGUGUUGGUGAAGAGGGGGAGUAUUCAGAACAGCUUCUAACAAUGGAACGUAGAUCCUCCAUUUCUUCUGAUGAGCAUGAUUCAAGGUCAACUGCUGGGGAAGAAGCAGAGGAUGCGGAACCCUCCUUGACAGGUGAAAGAAGAGAUUCCACAUCCUCUGAUGAGUGUGAAUCAAGGUCCUCCAUUGGUGAAGAAGCAGAGGACCAUGAGACCUCCUUGGCUGCUGAACGUAGAGAUUCUGUGUCUUCUGAUGAACGUGAUUCGAGGUCUACUGCUGGUGAAGAAGUAGAGGAUUUGGAGCCCUUAGCAGCUGAACGUGGACGUUCUGCGUCUCCUGAUGGACAUGAGUCAAGGUCAACCACUGGUGAAGAAGCAGAAGACCAAGAGCCGUCCUUGACAGCUGAGCGGAGGCACUCCACAUCUUCAGAUGAACGUGAAUCGAGGUCUACCACUGGUGAAGAUGUGGAGGAUGUGGAACCCUCCUUGACAGCUGAAUGUAGAGACUCCACAUCCUCUGAUGAUCAAGAUUCAAGGUCUACCACUGGUGAAGAAGCAGAGGAUAUGGAACUGUCUUUGACAACUGAACAUAGACGUUCCACAUCCCCUGAUGGACGUGAAUCGAGGUCUACUAUUGGUGAAGAAGGAGAAGAUGUGGAACCCUCUUUGACAGCUGAACGAAGAGAUUCAACAUCAUCAGAUGACCGUGAAUCAAGGUCUACCACUGGUGAAGAAGUUGAGGAUAUGGAGCCACCUUUGGCUGCUGAAGAUAAACAUGAGGGGUCACCUUCCAUACUUGAGAAGUCAGAGGGACAGGACUCUUCUUUUAUGACUGAAAGCAGGCGAUCUGAGUCUUCUGAACGUGAGAAAUCUGGAUCUGAAUCUGCUGAAAAAAUGUCUGACAGAGAGUCUUCACAAAGGUCUAGAAGUAGACCCUCAAAAUCUCCUACUCACCAAAUGAGUCGAUCCCCAUCUGUUGACAAAACAGCAGAUGAAGAAUCUUCACGGAGGUCUAGGCAUAGACGCUCCAGGUCCACGUCUGUUGAAAAAGCAGCAGACAAAGAGUCUUCACGGAGAUCUAGACAUAGACGCUCCAGGUCUGCUGCUCGACAAAUGAGUCGGUCACCAUCUGUUGAAAAAACAGCAGAUAAAGAGUCUUCACGGAGAUCUAGACGUAGACGUUCCAGGUCCACUGCUCGCCAAAGGAGUCGAUCAAAAUCUGUUGACAAAACAGCAGACAAAGAGUCUUUGCGGAGAUCUAGAAGCAGACGGUCCAGGUCUUCUCAGCGCAGAUCCCAGAGAUAUGAUGCAGACUCUCGCUCUAGACGGAAUCGCUCCAGAUCAGCAACACGUAGAAGAGCAUCAAGAUCAAAAUCUAAUCGUCGUUCUCGAUCUAGCUCAUUGUCACGUUCAAGGCACAGAAGAAGAAGUAGAUCAAGGUCAGCAUCAAGAAGGCGGCGUUCUUUAUCGAGAGACAGGCGCAGAAGAUCUCAGAGAAAUAGAUCAAGAUCUGCUGAUAGAAGAAGAAGAAGAUCAGAUUCAAGAGAUCGAAGGAUAUCACUGAGAUUACGGAGCAGGAGUCGAACACCUCUUCGUCAAAGGCGAUCGAGGUCAAGAGGAAGAAGGCGGAGCUCUAGUAGAUCACCAAUUCGACUGCGGCGAUCAAGGUCUUCAGGGAGAAGAAGAGGUUACAGCAGAUCACCUGAUCGUCGAAGGUCCAGAUCAUCAGAAAGAUUCUCAAGCAGGUCACCAAAACGCCUUACAGACUUGGACAAGGCCCAGCUGCUUGAAAUAGCUAAAGCUAAUGCAGCUGCCAUGUGUGCGAAGUCAGGCGUUCCUUUACCACCAAGUCUGAUGCCUAUGUUAUCUCAAAAGAAAGAUGACAAAGCCAGUCAGAAGUCAUCAAGAGAUACACUAAAGGAGCUCACUGAGAAAUGCAAGAAGAUUGCUCAAAGCACAGAUGAUGUGAUAGUGAAUAAACCUCACGUUUCUGAUGAAGAAGAGGAAGAACGUCCUUUCUACAAUCACCCUUUUAAGCUCAAUGAACCCAAACCUAUUUUUUUCAAUUUAAGUACUCCCAGCAUAAAACCAGCACCACCACCACAACCAAAAAAUCAGGUCAGCCUGUCAAAGGAAUUUCCUGUUUCAUCUGGGUCUCAGCAUAGGAAAAAGGAAGCUGAUAGUGUCUAUGGAGAAUGGGUUCCAGUUGAAAAAGGAAAAGAAGAUAGCAAGGAUGAUGUUUUCCCCAAACCGUCCAUUGAGGGUGUGGACAUAACUGCAGCUAUGAAUGACCGAGCAAUAGCUCAGAAAAGGCUUAACGAAAACACGUUUGAUUUAGAGGCCAUGUGCAUGUUAAAUCGCGCACAGGAACAGAUUGAUGCCUGGGCUCAAUCAAACUCCAUACCUGGCCAGUUCACAGGAAGUACUGGAGCACAGAUUUUGUCCUCGGAUGAGCUAACCAACAGUGGUCCUCAAGCAUGGAUUAGAAAGGAUCAGUUCUUAAGAGCAGCCCCUGUAACUGGAGGAAUGGGAGCUCAGCUGAUGAGAAAAAUGGGCUGGAGAGAAGGAGAAGGGCUUGGAAAAAACAAAGAAGGCAGUGUCGAGCCUAUUAUGGUUGAUUUUAAGACUGAUCGAAAAGGGCUUGUUGCUGUGGGAGAGAAGGCACAAAAGAGAUCUGGACAUUACGUUGUGAUGAAGGAUCUUUCAGGCAAACAUCCAGUUUCUGCAUUGAUGGAGAUCUGUAACAAAAGAAGAUGGUCACCACCUGAGUUUGUGUUGGUGGAUGAUAGUGGGCCUGAUCAUCGCAAACACUUCAUCUUUAAGGUGAGAGUCAAUGGAAAUGAAUACAGGCCUACUUUUGCCAGCCUUAAUAAGAAGCAUGCUAAAGCCACAGCAGCAACUGCGGCUCUCCAAGCGAUGGGACUUGUACCAAAGGAAAGCAUGGUCAAUACCACCAUGUUUAGGAGUGCCUCACACCGCUAGAUAUUGUUUUUUAUAUUGACAUUAUUUCAGAUAAUUUUACUCUGCACAAAAAUGGUAUUUGCCCUUUCAUGUUGUAAAUACAUUGGCAAUUCCCACAUUGUAAAAACUGUACAGGCACCUUCAGGUUUUUCUUUUGUACCAUCAAAAUGUAUUUAAAUCAUACUUAGUUUUUGGUAUGUUUAUAUUGUUUACAUUAGUGAUGUAAUUAUUUCUUAAAUGACUAAAUCAGACGACAGACUCUGGAGGCAUCAGUAAUCUAAACCCUUGUUUUAAAACUCAUGCAAUUUCUCCUCUAUAUGGAAUGUUAACACUUUCAUACUGUUUUGUACUAUGCUGCAGUUUUCCCUGGCCUCGGUAAAGCUACUCUUGCACUUUUGCCUACAGCUGGUAAAAGGCCACGCAGCUUACCUUAGUCUAGUCGAGGCUGGCGUGUACUGCUGGGCAGAUACCGGGCCAGUACUGUGACCCCUGGGAGAGAGCGAGCCGUGGUAGUAGCCCUGUUGUACAGCGCUAAUGCUGCCGCUUCUCUUUGAGUUUUGUUUGGGGUUUGACUCGGUGGUGCACCGCAGCUGGCCAUGCAGCUCAUAUUCUUAGGACGUACGCGGUGAGGCAAAAGUCUUGCUUUAAAAGGGAUGGCAGAAGGUCUGGCAAUGGAACCAGCGAGACUUUGUGAUGUAAAAGUGACUCUCCCUGCAUGUUCUGAGAAGGGAGAUGUGAAGGAGUUGUCUAUUCCAAACAAAUUAACACACUGCCUGAUGUUGAUUGUAUGGAUUUGUGGUUAAUGUGAAUUUUAAAGUCUAACAAAUCUACAACUGGAUUGGGGGGAGGGAGGGAAUAGAAUGAUGCUUAAAUUGUUGUACCCAACUUGGUCAAUAAAGCAGCACAAGUUCAUAAUCUUAA